AUGACUGUUUCAUUGCCAAGUUGCGACCACGCAUCAGUCUGCUUUUCCGUGUCCCCCAGUGCGUCUAAGGCACCAUUUCGACCCCGAACUCAGCGAGAACGUGCCAUAGCCAUUAGGGCAUCAAAUCCAAGUGAACAAAAGCAGGACGAGGAUUUCUUGAAAGAUGACCCGGAGACAUUUCCUGCUCCGUUGAUGUUACCGGGUGACGAUCUCGCCUCAGACCCCGAUGCAUACACUCAGAGUUUCCAGGACUGGAAAUAUUCGAAAUACCGUAACUCAAUCACCGCCAGCAGAAAGACAAUCUAUGUCAUGCAAAAUCCAGAGAUUGAUUCUGAAGUCAAGUUCUUGCAUGAUUGGACCACGCCGCUACAAUCUCACAGGGGAGGGAAUGAUACAAACUUGAAGCACCCCCAACCAGAUGAUAUUCGAGAUUACCUCGCAGCAUUCUAUCACGGCUUAGAAGUCAAGAUACUACCAUCGUCAACCCUACGUUUCGUACCCUGGGAACCAAAUCUAUCGAAACCCAAGAUCAAAUUUCUAGAAUAUAUCGGCCUUCAAAUCGGCGAAGAGCGCCACCGCAUCCGAACCCGCCCUGCACCAGACAAUAUCUACAAAGCCCAGCUAGAUAUUGCAGAUCUCCUCUCCGCAGCCGAGGACCUUCUCCCCGAAGACGCAUUCGCCCUAGUCCUCCUGACAAACAUGGAUCUCUACGAAAAUGAAGACGACACAUUCAUCUGCGGACGGGCAUACGGCAGACGACGCGUCGCAAUCAUAUCAAGUGCCCGGUAUAACCCCACCUGA